AUGUCUGACCGAGACGCCUCCACUCCCCGUGUAUUUCUCGCUCGUCACGGCGAAACCGAAUGGACAAUAAACGGACGAUACACGGGCAUUACGGAGCUUGAACUCACCUCAAGGGGUGAAAAACAAGUCCUUGGUACUGGAAGACGCCUGGUUGGGCCUGGGAAGCUGAUCGAUCCAGUCCAGCUUGAGCGCGUCUUUGUGAGUCCUCGUAAGCGUGCUCGUAAGACGUUUGAGCUACUUUUCGGUGCCGACUCCGAACUCGCCGCAUUAGAGAAGGUAGAGUUCACUGAGGAUAUCGCCGAAUGGGGAUAUGGAGCAUAUGAGGGUCUCCUCGGGGAGGAAAUUAUUGCCCGUAGGAAAGAACAAGGAUUAGAUAUUGAACGACCGUGGGAUAUCUGGAAUGAUGGAUGUGAGGGCGGCGAAUCCUCCGAACAAGCGACGGAACGUCUCGACGGUCUGAUCAAUCGCAUCAGAGAUAUCCAGCGCCCGUACAUGCACGGCGAGAAGCCAGUGGACAUUGUUCUGGUUGCUCACGGCCACAUUUUGAGAGCUUUCACCAAACGCUGGCUAGGAAUUCCCAUGGGCUCGCCCCUUGGAAUGAUGCUACCACCUGGAGGCAUUGGAGUUUUGAGUUACGAAGAACAUGACAUCAGUGCACCCGCAUUUCUGGUUGGUAUUGCAUUGCCACUAGAAGAGGGGUAG